CGGUGGCGGGCGGCCUGCGGGCGGCGCUGUGGCCCGUCGGGCGGCCCGGCAGAGCCGCCAUAGCCGCGUGCCUUCCCCUAGCCAACGUCUCCGCCGCCGGCUCCGCGCCGUAGUCAUGGCCGACGUGGAAGACGGCGAGGAGCCCUGCGCCCUGUCCUCUCACUCCGGGAGCGCAGGCUCCAAGUCGGGAGGCGACAAAAUGUUCUCUCUCAAGAAGUGGAACGCGGUGGCCAUGUGGAGCUGGGACGUGGAGUGCGAUACGUGCGCCAUCUGCAGGGUCCAGGUGAUGGAUGCCUGUCUUAGAUGUCAAGCUGAAAACAAACAAGAGGAUUGUGUUGUGGUCUGGGGAGAAUGUAAUCAUUCCUUCCACAAUUGCUGCAUGUCCCUGUGGGUGAAACAGAACAAUCGCUGUCCCCUCUGCCAGCAAGACUGGGUGGUCCAAAGAAUCGGCAAAUGAUGGUGGUGGAAGGCUUUUUUAGCGCAGUGGUCCAGAGCCUUGGUGGAUCUCAUUAUCAAGUGCCCUGCAGAGGCUAGGACACUCCAGGGAACUAAUUCUUCAGAUAGGAGGAGAUGGAUCUUUGGUCUUUGGGGACUGAUCAAAGGCAUGGUUUAGCAUUUUGUCGGUUUUAUGUUCAGAAAUUCUCUGCAAAUAAGAAGAUAAUUUAUUAAAGAUGGUCUUUCCUACCUCUGUGGUAUGCGUCACCCACACUGUUUAGAAGUGCUAUAAAGGAGGAGAGAACUACAAAUUGACCUUUAUGAUUUACUUUUUGAUAUCCAAGGGGCUGUGGAAGCAGUUCCAUUCAGAAGAGAACUUUUUGCAUGCAUGCGGUUGAUCAGUUAAAAAAAAAAGACAAUGUUAUAGUAACAAACUGCAGUUUAAAACCCAA